UUUACACCCAAAUUUGACUUCACUUUUGGACUUGGUAACCACCCGAAGCUAAACUCUAUCGUCCAGCCACAUGAGACGGGUUGCUUCGCCGGGGAGCUCUUGGCCUGAAGAGCUUUGGAGGAGUUGCUAAAACAAACGGGAUGAGAGGAUAUUCCGAAGUAAGACUGUUGGCCGCUGGUGGAGACAUUUCCCACCUUCAAAAGGAAAUGCGGACAGGGUAGGGCUUGGCAGAGGAUUCGAGAAUAGGGUGGUUCCGCCUAGCAAUUUCCAUAGCCGUUCAAGCAGUCUCGGAAUUUCAUUUCAUUACUCUAAGUUUUGAAAAUCUAGAAAAGUAUGGCCAUUUCACUCCAGCUUACUUCAAUUUCUUCAACUGCGUUAUUGAGAACCAUAAGCGUCUAUUUCCUUCCUAUCCCAAUUUGCCGCCGGUUUCAUACUCAUCCAUCCGCUCUUCAAAACGACGACGUAGAUAAAAUCUUCCGCAUCGUCACUACAUCAAGAACCGCAGAGGACAUGAAACAAUCGCUGAAAUUGUCUCAAAUUUCUAUCUCAAAUGAAACGAUUGACAGUGUACUGAAAAGGGCGAGAUUCUCUCACUCCAACCCAUCAUACCUCCUAGAGUUUUUCAAGUUCACUUCAAACAGGCGCCAGUUUUUCCACACUGCUUUCUCAUACGACACUAUGCUCUACAUCCUGGGUAGAAACAGGAAAUUUGACGAAGUGUGGGAGAUUCUAAAGGAAAUGAAGAGAAAAGACCAGUCUUUGAUCUCUUCAAGAACUGUUCAAGUGGUUUUAGCUAGGGUAGCUAAGGUUUGCUCUGUUUCGCGGACAGUUGAGUCCUUUUGGAAGUUCAAGAGACUUGUUCCCCAAUUCGAUACCCAUUCUUUCAAUGCUUUGUUGAGAGCAUUGUGUCAGGAAAAGAGUAUGGCAGAUGCAAGGAAUGUGUACCGUAGCUUGAAGAAGGACUUUAAGCCGGAUUUGCAGACCUUUAACACACUCUUGUCUGGAUGGAAAUCAAUUGAAGAUGCUGAGGUUUUUUUCUCAGAGAUGAGGGACUAUAAUGUGGAACCAGACAUUGUUUCGUAUAACUGUUUGGUAGAUGUUUAUUGCAAGGGUAGAGAGGUUGAGAAGGCAUUUGAGGUUCUUAAGGAGAUGAGGAAUAAGGACAUUGAUCCUGAUGUGAUCACUUACACGAGUUUGAUCGGUGGUCUAGGGCUUGUAGGGCAACCCGAUAAAGCAAAGAAGCUUUUAACUGAAAUGAGGGAAUACGGAUGCUACCCUGAUGUUGCUGCCUAUAAUGCCACAAUUAGAAACUUUUGUAUUGCGAAGAGGAUCGGGGAGGCACAUAAUAUUGUGGAAGACAUGGUAAAGAAAGGCUUAAAUCCUAAUGCAACUACUUAUAAUUUAUUUUUAAGAUCAUUUUAUUCGGAAAAUGAUUUGAAACACUCAUGGAGUUUGUAUAUGAGAAUGAAGGAGACAGGGUGCUUGCCAAACACACAAUCUUGUAUGUUCUUGAUCAGGUUGAUGAGGAGACACGAGAAAACGGAUAUGGCAUUACAGUUAUGGAAUGACAUGGUUGAGAAAGGUUUCGGCUCGUUCACAUUGGUGUCUGAUGUUCUAUUUGAUUUGCUUUGUGAUUUGGGGAUGCUAAGAGAGGCAGAGAGAUGUUUCUUGGAAAUGAUGGAGAUGGGGUAUAAGCCUAGCAAUGUUGUUUUUAAGAGGAUAAAGGUUCUUAUGGAAUUGGCUAACAGGGGCGAGGCAAUUCAGAAUCUAUCAGAUAAGAUGGCUGCUUUUGGUUCUGGAAUUAGAUAUAGGGCCGAAAGUGAGUCUGAAAAGUUUGAGCCCAACUUAAUGCCUUGCUAAAUCUGAUUUGGUUACACAUUUUUUAAGAUCUAGGUGCCUGUGCAACAGCUUCUGUUUUUGCUUAAGGUUGUAUUUCAUUCAAGGGGAAGAAGCGAGCUCCCAUUUGAUUGAGGAAAAAGCAAAAACAGUGGAGAGGAGGAAGGAUAAAAAAUAUAAGCUUUCCUCCCCUCCCAACUUCUGUAACCAGACCAAGGAAAAGUAAAACUUCCCUCCCCUCCUCUCCUUACACUUGUUAAUGAUCUGUAGAGCUGGAACAGUGAUAUAUGAUGCAUGUAAAGAUGAAGAAAUGCUCAAGGACCUCAAUGCGCAUACGGUCCUUAUCCGGCCAGUGAUAUAUGAUGCAUUCAUUGUAGGAGGAAAAGUGAUAUGUGCCAGGCUGGCUAAAGCUGAGUGAUGUCCCAGGAACAAAGACAGAGUAAUCUACAACAGACAAAGAUUCACCAACUUGCAAGUGUCACCUAAGGACCCAAUUUCUCUUCUGCAGAAGGAAUGAUCAUUUAAUCAGAAACCAAUAUACCUUCUUCUUCUUCUUCUUCUGCUCAUUAAAGUGAGGCUUCUACUAGUUACAUAUGGAUUUUGUGCCCUUACCUGUGCUGAGGCUUUGGAAGGAUGGCUCAGAGUUAGUUAGACGAGGAGCCAGCUUGAAGUCAUACGUUGACUAUUUCAGAAUCUGAUCCCACUAUCCAAGUGGACGAUGAGAUUGGUUAUGUUUCAACCCUCCUUUAGGUUUAUUAAAAACGGCACAUAUAAUACUUAAAUUGCUAAACAUGUUAAACAUAUAGCAUGCUUAAAUUGCUUGCUAACUAGCCAUAUGCUGCCCCUAGCAAAAACCCUAGUUUAUUUGCAAAAUAAAACUCAUUAGAGUAUUGAGAUUCAUCAAAGUCAACCCGCCGUUGGGCGUAGCUCAACUGGUAGAUAGGGGUGCCAUAAGGGUAAGUAUCGGGUUCGAACCUUGGCAACCUCUAUGAGAGGUUACUAUGUAAAAAAUGCAGUCUUUGCAAGUACUUGAGCCAAAGCCCCACUUAUUAGUUUGUGAUUAAAGUCCAAUUU